AUGGUUUUCUUGAUGGAAACUAUGAUUGAUGCAAAACGGUUACAGACAGUUAGAGAUAAGUGCGGUUUUUCUGAAGGUUUAUGUUUAAGUAGUGUAGGACUUUCAGGGGGGAUUGGUUUUUGGUGGAGUGAUUUAAACAUUAAUGUGAUCUCUUACUCGGUUCACCAUGUAGCGGUGGAGGUACGAGAUGAUGAUGGUAACGGUGUGUGGGCGGCUGUGGGCAUUUAUGGGUGGCCGGAGGCGUCCCUUAAACAUUUAACUUGGGCUUUGAUGAAGGAUCUUAGGGAUGCGAUUUCACUUCCAAUUAUUUUUUUCGGGGAUUUCAAUGAGAUCUUACAUGCAUCUGAGAAAGAAGGGGGUGCUGUUAGAGGGGAAAGACAAAUAGAUGCGUUCCGUGAUUCUGUGGAGUUGUGUGGGCUCAGUGACUUGGGUUGUAGAGGGGGUGCGUUUACGUGGCAGCGUGGUAAUGACGCGAGCACGAUGAUCCGUGAACGUCUUGAUCGAUUUCUGGCUUGUGAUAGGUGGGGCAACUUAUUUCCGCAGGCAUGGGUGAAGAAUUUCCCUAUUUAUAAGUCAGAUCAUGCACCUAUACUGCUUUGCUCGGAUUCGGGGCAGCUAGAGAGAAGGAAAGGGAACCGGUAUCAUUUUGAAGCGAUGUGGUUAGGAAAUGCGGAUUGUCACAAGGUGGUACAGCAGGCGUGGGGUGAAAGCGGGGGGGCACGAAUGGUUGACCGAAUUGAUGGGUGUGCUUCGGCGCUUAAGGGGUGGGCGGCUGCAACUUUUGGUGAUGUGAAAAAGCGGAUAAAGCAUAAGGAGGAGGAGCUGCAGGUUUGGCAGAAUAAGGUGCCGGAUGGUCGUAUGUUGGGAAGAUGUAAAGAAAUUGUUCGGGAAUUAGAUGAUUUGAACCGUUUACACGAGUCAUAUUGGCAUGCUCGUGCUCGAGCUAAUGAGAUGCGUGAUGGGGAUAAGAAUACCUCUUAUUUUCAUCACAAGGCAAGCCAGAGGAAAAAGCGUAAUACAAUCCACAAGCUUAAAGAUAGUGAGGGAGUGUUGAAAACCGAUGAGAAGGAGGUAAGUACUAUUAUUUCUGAGUACUUUACUACUAUUUUCUCUUCUUCUAAUCCGUCAAAUGCCGAGGAUGCUUUGGCGGGUCUCUCGCCAAAAAUUUCGAAUGAGGCUAAUGAAGCUUUGGUGGCCGAGCCUAGGGAGGAGGAGAUUAGGGAUGCUUUGUUUCAGAUGCACCCAAAUAAGGCCCCGGGUGUGGAUGGUAUGCAUGCAUUGUUCUAUCAAAAAUUUUGGCACAUUGUAGGAGAUGACAUUGUGCAGUUUAUUCGAGAGUGGUGGCUUGGUCGGGUGCAAAUUGAUUCAAUGAACCAGACGUGUAUUGUAUUGAUUCCCAAAUGUUCGAACCCGCAGCAGAUGGGUGAUUUUCGACCUAUAAGUCUAUGUACGGUCCUGUACAAAAUCAUUUCGAAGAUGAUGGCAAAUAGGCUCAAAAUUUUUCUAUCUGAUCUUAUUUCUUUACACCAGAGUGCUUUUGUUCCUGGCAGGCUUAUUACAGAUAAUGCGAUGGUUGCUUUUGAGAUUUUUCAUCGUAUGAAGAGAGGGGGUGAUGGUAGGAAUGGUGUCAUGGCUUUCAAAUUGGACAUGAGUAAGGCAUAUGAUCGCGUGGAAUGGUCUUUUCUGGAAAAAGUGAUGCGGAGAUUGGGUUUCUGUGAGGGCUGGGUGAGAAGGAUUAUGGAGUGCUUAUCGAGUGUUUCCUACUCUUUCAAGCUUAAUGGCCGUGUGGAGGGUAACAUUAUUCCAUCAAGGGGGCUUCGGCAGGGAGAUCCGUUGUCCCCUUAUUUGUUUCUCCUUUGUGCGGAAGCUUUCUCGGCACUAUUAUCGAAGGCGGCAGGUGAUGGCUUGAUUCAUGGUGCUAGGGUAUGUCGUUCUGCCCCUCGUAUUUCGCACUUAUUUUUUGCAGAUGACAGUAUACUGUUUACUAGAGCUACGCUUCAGGAAUGCUCUGUAGUGGCUGAUAUUCUCAGUACGUAUGAAAGAGCAUCUGGACAGAAAAUUAACUUUGAUAAAUCUGAAGUGUCUUUUAGUAAAUCUGUGGAUGAUAGGCGGAAAAAUGAAAUUCGCUCCCUUUUUGGUGUCAGGGAGGUUGAGAGACAUGAGAAAUACUUGGGGCUUCCGACAGUAAUUGGCAGGUCGAAAAAGAUGGUGUUUAUGGUGUUGAAAGAAAGAGUUUGGAAGAAAUUGCAGGGUUGGAAAGAGAAGUUACUGUCUCGUGCUGGGAAGGAAGUUUUACUGAAAGCUGUCAUACAAGCCAUUCCUACUUAUAUGAUGAGUCUGUUUGCUAUUCCGGAAUGCAUUCUUUCUGAAAUUAACUCUAUGUGUGCUAGAUUUUGGUGGGGUGCUCGGGGGACGGAACGAAAGAUGCAUUGGGUGAGUUGGGAGAAAUUAUGUUUACCGAAGGUGUAUGGUGGUAUGGGAUUUAGGGACCUCAGGGUGUUUAACCAGGCUCUCUUAGCCAAGCAGGGGUGGCGGCUGAUGUGCGAUACGAAUUCGAUGGCUCAUCAUGUGCUUCGGGCGAGGUAUUAUCCACGCACUACCUUUCUGAGUGCUAUGAGAGGUUUCGACCCUAGCUAUGUAUGGCGUAGCAUAUGGGGUGCGAAGUCUCUUUUGAUGGAAGGACUGAAAUGGCGAGUGGGCGAUGGUGGUAGCAUUGGCGUAUGGGAGGACUCUUGGCUCCCAGGUGACUCGGCUUCGGUGGUUCCUACACCAAACUUGGAGAGUCCUGUAGAUCUCAGGGUGUCGGAUUUAUUUGACGAGAAUGGAGCUUGGAAUGAGGUGGAGCUGCACACUCAUUUUACGGAUGAGGACAUUCGAUUGAUUCGGGAAAUACCUCUUAGUUCCCGUAAACCUCCUGAUGUGCUGUACUGGUGGCCGACGGUGGAUGGGUUUUUUUCUACAAAAUCUGCGUAUUGGCUGGGACGCCUUGGACACCUGCGAGGUUGGCUGGGCAGGUUCGGGGAUGUUAAUGGGGAGGUCUGGAAGGUGAUAUGGGGACUGGACGGACCCCCGAAGCUUAAACACUUUGUGUGGCGAGCGUGUAUGGGGGCAUUAGCGACUAGAGGAAGGUUAAAGGACCGCCAUAUUUUGGCAACGAAGGGUGCUGCCAGCAUUGUCGCAGGGAGGAUGAGUCUAUCACUCAUGCCAUUUUCCGCAAGGUUGGAGAAGAAUGAUUUGUUAUCUUUCUUGGCACUGGCGUGGGCCGCAUGGUCAUACCGUAAUUCGGUAACUUUUGAGGAACCAUGGCUGAAUGUGCAGGUUCGUGUUAUGGGAUUUUUGAAACUCGUGAGUGAGUAUAAGAAUUAUGCCGCCUCGGUUUAUAGGGCAGAGCCUGCUGCUUUGGCGUAUCAGUCGCGGGCGAGGUGGGUGGCGCCGAGUGAAGGAUGUUUUCGGCUGAAUACAGACGCAGCUAUGCUGGCGGAUGGCAUUGUGGGUGUGGGUGCUGUGGUGCGGGAUUCGACGGGCAAGGUCCUGUUGGUGGCAGUGCGUCGGUUUCGGGCUCGGUGGUCUGUCGCUCUUGCUGAAGCAAUGGGGGCUCGUUUUGGGAUGGAGAUGGCGAAACGUUUUGGCUAUGGGUCGAUCGAGCUUGAAUGUGAUGCGAGCAAUAUUCCUAAAGCUAUCGCGAAGAAGAGUUUCGGGAGGUCUCCCACAGAUUUGGUUUUGGAGGACAUUAGUAUUCUGGGAAAUAGUUUAUCUAGUUUUUCUUUUCUGCAUGUCAAGCGUAGUGGGAAUACAGUAGCUCAUUUCAUUGCGAGACUUUACCCUGCUGAUGGGGUGCAACAUGUUUAUGUAUCUGAUUUCCCGCAAGGCGUCUUAGCCUUGGCGGAGCUGGAUGUUAGUUAA